AUGUCUGCGACUCCCUUUUCCGACAUCUCGUACGCCGACGCCCUUCCGCGGGACGUCGAAAAGUCGAGCCCGGGCGCAUCCUCGGACCGCCUCGACAACCUCAAGUCGGGCGUCGGCCACAAGGGCACCGACGAUGGCCACUUUGACCCGCCGCCGCCCGAGCUGGGCAUCGACCAGGACAGCUCCGACGGCUCCCUCCGCCGCAACCUCAAGCAGCGCCACCUCAGCAUGAUUGCCCUCGGCGGCACCAUCGGCACCGGCCUCUUUGUCGGCCUCGGCGGCUCCCUGUCGGCCGCGGGCCCCGUCAACACGCUCAUCGCCUACGCCAUCAUGGGCGUCGUCGUGUGGUCGAUGAUGAUCGCGCUGGGCGAGGUCAGCACCCUGUUUGCCCUCCCCGGCGGCUUCACCCACCACGCCACCCGCUUCCUCGACCCGAGCCUCGGGUUCGCCCUCGGCUGGACCUACUGGUACUCGUACGGCAUCACGAUCCCCACCGAGAUCAGCGCCUCGACCAUCAUCAUCCAGUACUGGGACCCCAACCAGACCAUCAACCCGGCCGUCUGGAUCUCGAUCCUCCUCGUCUUUGUCGUCGGCGUCAACUUCCUCGGCGUCCGCGUCUACGGCGAGCUCGAGUUCUGGUUCUGCCUGAUCAAGGUCGUCGCCAUCGUCGUCCUCAUCCUCGUCGCCCUCGUCAUCGACCUCGGCGGCGGGCCCGACCACGACCGCCUCGGCUUCCGCUACUGGAUCAACCCGGGCCCGCAGGCCCAGCUCUUCUGGACCCCGGACCCCGUCACCGGACAGCCCACCGGCGGCAUCAGCGGAUCGUUCGGACGCUUCCUGAGCUUCUGGAACGUCUUUGUCCAGGCCGCCUUCUCGUUUGCCGGGACCGAAAUCAUCGGGGUCGCCGUCGGCGAAGUCGAGGAUCCGCGCAAGAAUGUGCCCAAGGCCAUCAAGCGGGUGUUUUGGCGGAUCCUGCUCUUCUACGUGCUGGCCAUCUUUACCGUGUCGCUGACGGUGCCCUACAACGACCCGCGGCUGCUCAACGGCGGCGACGACGCCAGCGCCAGCCCGUUUGUCAUCGCCAUCCACAACGCCGGCAUCCGCGUGCUGCCCGACAUUGUCAACGCGGUGCUCCUCGUGACGACGUGGAGCGCGGCCAACUCGGACCUCUACGCGUCGAGCAGGACCAUCUACGCCCUCGCCCUCGAGCACAAGGCGCCCGCGCUGCUGCGCCGGUGCACCGCCGGCGGCGUGCCCUACUGGGCGCUCGCCGUCACCAGCCUGUACGGCCUGCUGGCCUACAUGUCGGUCGGCUCGGGCGGCGCCGAGCAGACGUUCAACUACCUCUACGACAUCUCGGCCAUCUCGAUCAUCAUUGCCUGGAUCAUCAUCCUCGCCGUCUACGCGCGCUUCUACCACGGCAUGAAGCACCACGGCAUCGACCGCCGCGAGCUGCCCUACCGCGCCCCCUUCCAGCCCUACAUGACGUACUUUGGCCUCGUCUUCCUCAGCCUCGUCCUCCUCUUUGCCGGGUUCACCGUCUUCCUCAACGGCCAGUGGGACGCCAGCUCGUUUGUCACCACCUACAUCACCAUCCCGCUGUUUGUCGUCCUCUGGCUCGGCUGGAAGUACGUCAAGGGGACCAAGUUUGUCAGCCUCGCCGAGAUGGACUUUGACACGGGCAAGCGCCACCUCGACGAGAUCGACGAAAAGGCCCGCCUCGCCAACACCGCACCCAAGUCGGCCCUCCAGCGCUUCUGGGACUGGCUCAUGUGA